AUGGUAUCAGUGAAUCAACUGACAGGAGGUUCAUUUGUCAGAGGACUCAUUUCUCAGGAGGUUCAUUUCUCAGGAGGCUCCGUCGAUGCAGGUCCUCUCGCGCAGCCGCCUCCCCUCCGGCCACGUGUAGCCCAGCUCGCACUCGUACUGGACGCCCCAGCGCUGUCUCGAGUGCAAGAGGACCUUAAUCUCGACGGCGUGAUCAGGGAGGCGGGGCUCCUCGGAACACGGACGUCCAGCCACGAAUUCCCUGUCCGGCCACACAUUUCUCGCUCGUUUCCCGCGCUCUUCGCGCAGAGCUCACCCGUCCAACUCUCUCCGCCUCGCUCAGGACUGCUUUCCGGAGAGCUUUCCUGCGCCGACGUCUUUUCCCCGCCGAGCAAGAGCGUAAUUACUGAGGCGUGGAACGUCUCGGGCGUCGACGUGGGCGUGGUGUUCGAGUGCGAGACCGGCUUCGGAUGGGCGUCCGGCAAGAGGGGGAACUUCGCGCAGUGUCUCAACAACAGCUGGACAGCGGUAGAUGACGCCUGUCAUGCAGAUAAUGGUAAUCAUGAUGAAGGUGAUGCAAUGCUUAUAAGACGUACAGAAGGCGUCUUUCCCGAUGACACACCCUGCCAAGACCCUCCGCCGAAGCCUUGCAACGCCGUGAAAAGGAAAACCUGGGAGGUCACCGGUUUGCUGGUGGGCGUGAUGUAUGAGUGCAGACCAGGUUUCGUGUGGGCGUCGGGAAAGCGAGCCCACGUCACGCACUGUGUAGCUGGACACUGGACACGGAUCCAGGAUGUGUGCUUCGAGAGGACACUGGUCACCGGAACAACGCCAUGCCCAUACCCCGAACCACCCAAUGCAGUCCUGGUACGCAUCGAGGAACCUGACUGUUUAGCGGUGCCACCUGUACUUGGGCAUUACGAGUGUAUUCCAGGGUACGAGUGGCUCUCAGGCGCCCACAUACACGAAACACACUGUCCGUGGGGGUCGUGGCAGCCUAUAUUGGACUUCUGCGCACCGGUGAACGAGAACUGCAUCGACCCGCCGCGGGACUGCACGGAGAUCCUGUCACUGGGCUUCGAGGAGUCCGGAACCUUCAGAAUACAUCCUUCCGGGAGCGAGGCUGACCGAUACACGCAGACACAUUCAUCACCCUCUCCCCAUCCUCCAUGCACCCUCUCCACCCCUUCUUCUCCAAUGUGUCCAUUCAAAUCACCUCCAAGAAUCAGCCUCUCUCUUGCUGAGGCUGCACUUACCUCCAGAUAUACUGCUUCCAGAAAGCUGCCUUCUCCCCCUCAUCACAAUCAAACUAAGUUUACCUUCUUGACUGUAGACCAGUUACUUUAUCACGUUACGUAUGGCUCCGUUAACCUCACCGUGGAUUUGGACAUUGAGCAUGUUGGUGACUAUCAUGGAAAUGCCGGGGAUGCCUUCCGAGAACAUGUUAAUGACACGUUUCAGCGAGAAAUCGGUUGGUGGUCAGGCGAAGAGCAGUCGAGCUACGUGUCUGACGACGGCAUGCUGCGCUGGCCGCCCCUCGAGAGCGCGGGACAGACCCUUACGAAGGCGACUCUGUGGGUCCGCCCGCAAGACUUCGAUGAAGCCACCUCGUGCCCCCCCGCCGUGGGCGUCUCCCCCACCGACAUCUUACACGCCCACCUUCAUAUCCCACUGAGUCGCGCCCCAGAGACACUCCUGAACUUCUCCUGCGUGGGAGCGAUGAGGAAGCUGCGAGAGCGAGACGGGGAGAGGGUGGCCCAGGGUAGUGUGCGGUGCGGCUGCGACCUCAGCGGGACAUCGCCCCUGUGGGAGAAGGCGAUCGAGCUACCCUGUGUAGGCGAGUGUCCGGAUAAUUUCACCUUGUCUCAAGACGGCGAUAGAUGCUACAGUGUUUCCGGGGAAGGUGAUCCUAUGGGGUAUCUCGGAGCAGCACGAAGUUGCUCUGAAAAGAACGCGUCUUUGGCCAUCUUUGCGGAGCCGGAGGAUCUCGCAGUCCUUCCGGAUGAGUUCUUUUACUACACCAUUCACAGGUCAAGAAACCUCAAUGGGUGGAUGUGGCCUUCACUGCCGUAUUACGUGUUGUGUCCUGAAAACGGAACAUGCCAGCCGAAUGAAAACAAUACCUGUCUAACAGUAAACCGAAACGGCACUUACGAGGCCAAGAGCUGUUUUUCAGAUCUACGUUAUGUGUGCAUGCUGCCAGCAUACUGCCCCCCUGGAUUUACACUAUACUUAGGCCAGUGUUACAGAGUCGCCAAUAUGCUGUUCGACUCGCAUCUGGUAGCCUUGUCCUUGUGCGAAAAUUACGGAGCUGCGCUGGCUUUUCCGGAAACGGAGAGAAACGGGAAUCUCUCGCUUCCCGCCACUGGAUUCCUCGGCUUAAACAGAGUAAACGGCAGCUGGUCUUUCGGCGGCCUCUACAGCCCAGAGCGAGGCGUGAGGCAACUUGCAGAAGCGUCGCUGGGAGUCUGGACAGCCCUGAGGGUUGACGGAGAAAGCUCUGUUUUGAUUCCGUCUAAUCUGACUGGAAGCGGGUACUACACUGUCUGUCAGUACCCUGGGCCCUUGGGCUGCUGGGAAGAUCCGCCCGAGGCACUGGCUAACAUGGACCGGCUCUGGACCGAAAACAGCCCGGCUUUGUUUAGUUCGGCGACUUAUGUGUGUCAUCCGAAUCACUUCUUUAACGGCGUCUACGGCCUGACCCGCCAGUCGGCUUUCUGCUUCGGACAGCUCGGCGGCUGGCUGGGUCUCCGCGGGGAGUGUCUGCCUGCGUGUUUCGCCGCGCCCCCGGACCCCCCCGCUGGCGCUACAAGUGACUGGGGCGAAGAGGCUGCCCCUCUGGAAGGAACCGAGGUAACGUACACAUGCAGUUCUCCCGACCAGCUUUUCGGCAACUUCAACCGUUCUGUGAGUGUGACCUGCAGGGAAGACGGGAACUGGUCUGUUGUUCCUUCGCAGGACUUCUUGUGCAGAACACCGGCGCCCCCCGACGCCCUGCUCCCGCCCACCCCCGAGGGCGCCGUGCUGGUCGUCAACGCGUCCGACGACACGUGGGUGGGAGGCAACGCCACCUACGCGUGCGAGGACGGCAUGACGCCCCAGGGCACCACGGACACCACAAUCACCAUGACGGAGGACGGAUGGAGUGACCUGGACCCUGAGUUUGCCUGCUAUCCCGUGGAGGAGAACCCCCCUCCUGCCGACCUGCUGGAGAACAGCCACCUGCUCUUGCAACAACCUCCUUACUGGGUGAACAGGACGCUGGUGUUCGAAUGCGAUGGAAUCAUGACUUCGCCCACUGGAGCCACCAACACGACGGUUGUUUACACUCUGGAUGGAUGGCAACUCACGGAUCCGGACUUUGCUUGUUAUAAUGCAUCCGUCCUGCCCGAGAAUGCCACCCUACUGGUCGACGGCCCUCCUUACACCGUGGGCGACACUGGAUCACUGGUGUGUGACGGGGACUUGGUGUCUGCGAGCGGAGAGGCAAACACCACGGUGACCUAUACACAGGGAGGAUGGAUCAUGGAGGAUGUUGAGUUCGACUGUUUUAAAACCAUUACAGAUGCCCUCCCGCCAUCGCUCGACCCUUCGUGGACGGUCGAGGGGAACGAGAACCCCAGCCUGAUUUGGGAAGGGAAGACCCUCACCCUCCACUGCGCCUCCUAUGCAUACAACCCAGCUGGCGAAGAUUCCACUACUCUCACUUACACGCAGUCCGAGUGGGUGUUGGCUGAUCCUGGUUUUGAAUGUGUUAAUGUUUCUACAUCCUUGCCAAGUGGAGCUACCUUGGUGGGCCCGCCCCCUCCUUACGAGGUAGGCCAGACACUACGACUGGUAUGCGCGAACAACACUCUUUCAGCCAAAGGAGAGAACAUGACUCAAGUAACGUACACUGACGCAGGAUGGAUGAAGGAAGACCCAGACUUUGAGUGUUAUGAGAUGUUGGAGGAAGCACAGCCUCCACCUUCGGGCAGUGGCUGGAUUGUGGAAGGAGACGACGACCCGAGUCUCAUCUGGGAAGGAAAGACGCUCACGAUCCGCUGCGGCCACAAUCAGUAUAACCCAAAUGGCGAAAACUCGUCUACCAUCACUUACUCUGGGUCCGAGUGGGUGCCAGCCGAUCUACAUUUUAUGUGCGUUAAUGUCUCAGUUUCUUCGCCCUUGCCUGUGGGAGCCACCCUGGUUGGAGCCGAGCCACCCUACACAGAAGGCCAGACAGCGAUGCUAGAAUGUGAGGAAGGAAAAUUAUCGGCCAAGGGGGAAAGCAGUACUAUUGUGACUUUCACCCAUGGGGAAUGGAUCAUGCAGGACCCUGAUUUUGACUGCUUCGAGAUGUUAGAUGAUGCUGAACUCCCAUCAAUAGAAGGCAAUUGGGAGAUUGUUGAGGAGGGUAACCCAAGCCUUAUUUGGGAGGGAAAGAAACUAAGUAUUCGCUGCUUAGAAGGAAUGUACAACCCUGACGGCGACCCCACGUCCAGCAUCACCUACAGUGGGUCUGAAUGGGCACAGGAUGAUCCAGACUUCGACUGCACUAAAAGUAAGUUUACCUUUGAAUGCAUUUUUCUGUUUGCAAAAACGGUAUGAUGAUAUGCAUUUGAGAAGACUAAAUUACAUUUUGUAAUUCUGAAUUCUAGUAAUAGGUUACAUGCAAAUGUAAUAUACAUGAAAUAAUAUGCAUUAUUGUUAAUCCAUUUUCCAUUUUCUCUUCAUUUAUGUUAGCUUUAUAUCCCUGUAAUUCAAAUUUUCAUUUUCAUUACAAGCACAAUGCAAGUGUAUGAAAACAAAAUGUUGGAAUGCAAGUAAAGCGUGUGGUUGGUGUGUUAUGUUGGGAUAUGAGGCUCAAAAGUGGGUGUGAACAUCUGGUUAUUUAUAUAUUUGUUCCGUUCUAUGCAUAAAUAAUUGUACAAAUAAACAGAAAUAUUUAA